CAGGAGUUCACGUUCCUGCCCAGGCACCAGCAGCUGAGCGAGAGGGUGCGGAAGCGGCUCUAUUAUGGCUGGGACAAAGACUGCAGCCUGGAUAAUCUCUCCAGCCCCGUGGCAGACAUUGCUGUGGAGUUGCUGCAGAAAGUGGCUCCCAGCCCUAUCCGCAGACUCCAGAAGAAAUACGUGUCUCACGUAUCUCGGGAAGCCUGCAUCUCGCCCUGCUCCAUGAUGCUGGCACUGGUUUACAUUGAGAGACUCCGGCACCGGAACCCCGAAUACCUCCAGCAGAUCUCAUCUUCAGACCUCUUCCUGAUCUCCAUGAUGGUUGCUAGUAAGUACCUGUAUGAUGAGGGUGAGGAGGAGGAGGUGUUCAACGACGAGUGGGGAGCAGCAGGGAAGGUGGAUGUCCAGACCAUGAACACACUGGAGAUGAACUUCCUGAGCGCCAUUGACUGGAGUCUCUACACAGACCCCCGGGAGCUGUUUGAAGUGCUGAGCUGGCUGGAAGGACGUGUGGCAGAAAAGCAGGGCAUGUGGCGUGGCUGGUUCACUUACACGGAUCUGUGUGUCCUCAUGGAGCAGUCCAUGUGGCAGCAUGUGCUGGGCCAGUUCUACCAGCAAGUGGUGAAGCUGGCCUGCCUCCUGGGCGUGGUGUACCUGACCGGUUUCGCUGCUGUCUUUGCCUCCGUCACUGUGGUGCACCGGUCUGUGUGCAUGAGGAGCACCAGCCCUGCAGCCUCCCGGCCUGCGCUGUUCCCCGAGGAGGGCAGCUGCCAGCUGGAUGCCCAGCCAGCCCCUGACCAGCCCCAGCCCAAGCUGCCCAACGUCUCUCCAGACAGCAGCACCUGUUGCCUGGGGGAGAACGAGACGACUGAGGAGACGCGUCGUGGGGGUGUCACGGCGACUGCACUCUACUUGUGGGGCAGCAUGAUGACAGCUCUGUCUUACCCAAAGGCACCUGAUCUAGUCCAACACAGGAGCCCCCCGCAAGGUCCUUUCCGGAAAGUACCCACUGCCUGUGAGAGAUCUAACCGUACUUCCCCUGCCACAGCCCCCAGCCAGCCUGGCCCCUUCGGACUUGCCAUGCUCCCGGUUCCUCCGGCGCUCCACUGCCAUGCCUGCGCAGCUGGUGCGGGCCCCACAUGGGAUGCAGCCCCCAACCGCAAGGACUGGCUGGACCCCCUGGGGCUGAGGCAGUGCUCCAUGCACACUGCCAUGGAUCUCGGCAGAAUCAAGAGCUUCAUUUUUCCCAGCUAGUAGUGUGGGGCAGCAGCCCCUUUCCCCUUCCCUCCUAGUGUGGCACAACUCACUUCCUUGCACUUGUGGGACUCCUGAUCCCUGAGGCUGGAGGCCCCUGCGUUACUUCCAAACCAGCAUUUGUGUCCCCCCCAGCCAGGGCGGGGGUGUCUUUCACCGUAGGGGCUGCUGGGGCAGGUUGGGGCAGAGUU